AUAAUCUGGGGUAUUGGAUAUUUGUAAUGUUGUCAAAUUAUAGAAAUUCUAUUUUUAAUUCCUGACGUUAUGCAAGUGGAAAACAAAAUGUUAUAGAGUAGACUAAAAACUCUAUUCUCUCUUUAAAAAAAAAUAUGUAAUAAAAUUAUAAGAAAUGCUGAUAACUCCAAGAAUGGCUUGCGUCAGCUUCAAAUGUAUGUAAAUAUAGUGUGUUUGUGUGUUGUCUCUACUGCCACAUUGUUUUCCCUAACAAUAGAUUUUAUACAGUAUUCCUAAAAAUAGCAAAAAAGGACACCUCUCAUAAUUAUCAAUCACCUAGAACCUGUAACUCUCAUCGGGCAAGAUUGGAGCAAAUAAUUGCUUUUCUUACUUUCCACAAUUCAGUAAUAGUCUUCAUACCAAUCAUCGGAAAAUUUUAAAUCAAAGAUACUUGCAAAUCGUGGUAUUGUUUUAACCGAGUCGAAUAAACUUAGAUAACGUUUUGAUAGUUCAGUUUGAAUUCUCUUUAAAAAAACAAUCAAAUCUCUCACUCUCAAAAAAUUCCACCUACGUAUGUACAUGGUCUGUUGGCAAAAUACAAACAAACAUGUUUUGAUAGUUCAAUUUGAAUUUCCUAUUUAAAAAAAAAGGAUCAAAUCUCUCAAUCUCCAAAAAUUCUGCCUACAUAUUUAGUCUGCUGGCAACACUGUAUCGGAAAUCACUGGCACACUUGCUAUGGCCAAAAUUACAAAUGUCACUCAACACUCGUGACACUGACAUUUCUGUUAAAAGCGCCGAGCGGCCGAGCCACAAAUUAUCGAAAUAAAUUGUAGGGCUGUUGUUGGGGUUAGGAGCGCUAAUUACUACGUUUUACGUGCGACGUUUUCGAAAAAACAAUAAAACCUUCAUCUAGAAAUCUAUAGAUAGUAGCCCAGUGUUUUAUAAAUCAACAAGUAUAAGAGUGGUCAUGCUGUAUAUAUUCUAAUAAUAAUCAGAGAUAUCCCCAACAUCAACAAUGUAGUGGUGGAUAGUCAGGAACCCACUUAAGAAUUCACUGACACAAAUAUGAAGCCGUAAUUAUCUAAACGAAUCCAUCUAACCUACAUCCGUAGUAUGGAAGACGAACUCGACGACAAAAUCAUUUACCAAACAUACAUUUCUCACAUGAAAAUAAUGUCACGAAUAGCAUGGAGUGUACCCCUCAAACUGUCUCAUGUAACAUUCAACUCACACAUAUGGAGAUUGCUGAAGUUUUACAUGCUAAAGCCAGAAGUUGUCAUUUUUGGAGCAAUUCUCAUUAUUAUAUUUGUCUAUAUGCAAGCAGUAGAUGUAUGGAGUCGUAAUUUGUUAGGGAGGCUCCAGUACACCAUCAACAGACCAAAAUCAAAAGUUGAAAAGCUGAGCUUUUUCACCAAUACUGAUGUUGAAAGCUUGAGCUGGCAGAUGAAAGUUGGAGCUGUAGCAGCAUUUGCAAUACAAGGGCGUAGGCCGAAAAUGGAGGACCGAUUUGUUAUAAAUGACAAUAUCAACAAUACUGGAGUUGCUUUAUUUGCUGUCUUUGAUGGACAUGGUGGCGAGUUUGCUGCAAACUAUGCCAAAGAAAAAUUAACUCAGAAUUUAUUUAGCAAAGUUGUAGAGAUAAAAGACAUUAUAUCAGGGAAAGUAACUCGCCCAGCUGUGGUGAAAAAAGACUGUGAUGAAGAAAAGAAAGACCCAGAAAAACCUGUGACUCCUUCUUUGACAGAACGUAGGAAGAGCUUUAGGAAAACUAGUUCAACAACAGAUGAAUGUAUGAAAGAAGUAAAGGAAAUCACUGAUCUUGAGAUAUUACAAAAACUUGAUAAUCUGAAACCUAUCACUAGAGGAAGUAAGCCAUUAAAAACCACUCCUAGUUUCAAAAAAGUACCAAUCACCAGUUACUUUGAUAAACAUGGUAUUGUGAACUAUGAGAAACUUCUCACAGAUGAAGUGCUAGCAGCAGAUGAAAAUUUGCUGCAAAUUGCAAAAAAGAGCAUGGACGUUGCAGGCACCACUGCCCUUAUUGCUGUGCUAGAAGGACAAAAGUUGAUUGUAGCGAAUGUAGGGGACUCUAGAGGUGUCAUGUGUGACAGCAAGGGCAAUGCUAUUCCCUUGUCUUUUGACCAUAAACCCCAACAAAUGAGAGAAAGAAAGAGAAUUAAAGAGGCUGGUGGUUUUGUUACUUUUAAUGGAGUGUGGAGGGUGGCUGGAAUUCUAGCUACUUCUAGGGCUCUGGGUGAUUAUCCUCUUAAGGAUAAAAAAUUAGUCAUAGCUGAUCCCGAUAUACUCACUUUUGAUCUAGAUGAUCAUAAGCCUAUGUUUUUAAUCCUAGCAUCAGAUGGUUUAUGGGAUACAUUCACAAAUGAAGAAGCUGUCAGUUUUGUUAAAGAAAGGCUUCAUGAGCCUGAUUAUGGUGCUAAAAGCCUUACUUUACAAUCAUAUUAUAAGGGAUCUUUGGAUAAUAUCACAGUUAUCAUUAUUAAUUUUAAAGAUAAUGCUUUCAGAUCUUAUAGUAUGUAAAGUGUUAUUUUAUAUAUUUUAAUUGUUUUCUAGUUAUGUAUCCCUUUUUAUUGAAGCUUUAAUGGCAGAAUGUAUUUUGACUUUUCUUGAGCAGCUAUGAGUCCUGAUUAAAAAAAUCAGAACAUACUGUACUUGUUUGCACCACCUUGUCAUUCUAGUGUAUCAGAUGAGGUAAAAGCUAUUUUACAAUAAUGUACUGUGUACUAUGUAUUUUUUAAAUCUGCUUGUAUUUUAUAUUCAGCCCAUUGACUGUAUUGGGCCAUUCAGUGUCUAAAAGAGUAACCCUAAAGUUAAGGAGAAUGGAAUUCAGCAUAAAUCAUUUUUUGUUCAUACAUUUUGAUUUUUUAUCCAAUUUGUAUUUUUUUAUUGUUUACAUGAAGUAUUUGAAAGGUAUCAUAGGUCUUCAAUUUCCUUUUCUUGUAAGAUCAUGACUUUCUACAAAUGAGCAAAUUCCUUUUUGAUGUAUUUUGAUUCAUGUUAAAGUGAUGUGAUGAAAUUUGUAGUUGGACACUAUUUAAUUCCUGCCAGAUCUAAGACUCUUUUGGUAAUGUAAGUGAAUUUUGGCAAUCACUAAUACCACAUAUGUGAACGUUAAUCUUAUUUGAACGUGAGCGUUUAUGUAAGGGGUAUUUGUUAUUGUAAAAACUUUAUAAUAUCCUAUACAUGUAAUUUUUGUAAAUGGUGUAUCAAUGUUUCUUGUGUACAAGUACCUGAAUAUUAUGUCAUAGGUGCUAUUUUAUGUAAAAUCGGAGUGGUGCCAAUCAAAUUAUGAUCAUUGUAUGAAAGGCUGUCAGGUUUGUUAUGUAUUGAGAAUAUAAACAUGCUAUUAAACUUU